CCCGCCCUGCGGAGCUGCGGGCUCCGGGCACAGCCCGAGGCAGCGCCGAGCCGCACCCCGCCAGGGGCCCGACCUGCGCGCCGGGAAGGUGCCACCCCCUCCCAAAAAAACUUUGCACCGCGGGCCGCCGGGCGCAGCGGGAAGGACCUGCCCCUCACCCCCCAACCCUUAUCCCUUAUCCCUCACCCCUCCCCGCUCCGCUGCCUCCCCGCCCCGCCGGCCCGGCUGCCCACCUUGGCCAAUGGCCGCGGCGAGGCGGGCAGGAGCGGGGGGCGGCGCCGGCCGCCCAUAGGGGCGGCGUGGGCAGCGGGGCCGGGCGGGGAGAGCCGGGCAGCACCUUGCGGCGGGCGGAAGGUGAGUCCCGCCGCGCCGGGGAAGGGGAUUUCCUCGCUUGUUUUGCAGCCGGGAAGUUUGCGCAGGGCUUGAGCGGACGGUAACGGCCUCCCCAGCUGAAGAUGUCUAACAAUGGAGUUGAAACAGAAGACAAACCACCUGCUCCCCCAAUGAGAAAUACCAGCACUAUGAUUGGAUCAGGAAGCAAAGAUCCUGGGACUUUAAACCAUGGCUCAAAACCUCUGCCUCCCAAUCCAGAAGAAAAGAAGAGGAAGGAUCGAUUUUACCGAUCUAUUUUGCCAGGAGAUAAAACCAAUAAGAAGAAAGAGAAAGAGCGGCCGGAGAUCUCCCUCCCUUCAGACUUUGAGCACACGAUUCAUGUGGGGUUUGAUGCAGUCACAGGAGAAUUCACAGGAAUGCCAGAGCAGUGGGCACGUCUGCUGCAGACUUCCAACAUCACCAAGUCAGAGCAGAAGAAGAACCCCCAGGCAGUGCUGGACGUGUUGGAGUUUUACAACUCCAAGAAGAUCUCCAACAGCCAGAAGUACAUGAGUUUCACAGAUAAAUCAGCAGAAGAUUACAAUUCAUCUAAUACAUUGAAUGUGAAGGCUGUCUCUGAGACCCCUGCAGUGCCCUCAGUGUCUGAAGAUGAGGAUGAUGAAGAUGAUGCAGCUCCACCCCCUGUGAUAGCUCCACGACCUGAACACACCAAAUCUAUAUACACCCGCUCUGUGAUUGACCCUCUCCCUCCGCCUACCAGAGAUGUGGCCACCUCUCCUAUUUCUUCUCCCUCGGAAAACAACAGCACAGCAGCACCUGACAUGCUGGUCAGGAACACAGAGAAGCAAAAGAAAAAGCCAAAAAUGUCAGAUGAAGAGAUACUGGAAAAAUUAAGAAGUAUCGUGAGUGUGGGCGAUCCAAAAAAGAAGUACACGAAUUUUGAGAAGAUUGGACAGGGAGCCUCAGGUACAGUUUACACAGCAAUAGAUGUAGCUACAGGACAGGAGGUUGCAAUCAAACAGAUGAAUUUACAGCAGCAGCCCAAAAAAGAACUGAUUAUUAAUGAGAUCCUUGUGAUGAGGGAAAACAAAAACUCCAACAUUGUCAACUACUUGGACAGUUACCUUGUAGGAGAGGAGCUCUGGGUGGUGAUGGAGUACUUGGCAGGAGGCUCCCUGACGGAUGUGGUGACGGAGACCUGCAUGGACGAGGGACAGAUCGCCGCCGUGUGCCGCGAGUGUCUCCAAGCCCUGGAAUUCCUCCAUUCAAACCAAGUUAUUCACAGAGACAUCAAGAGUGACAACAUCCUGCUGGGAAUGGAUGGCUCUGUCAAACUAACUGACUUUGGCUUCUGUGCCCAGAUCACCCCUGAGCAGAGCAAGCGCAGCACCAUGGUGGGCACCCCGUACUGGAUGGCGCCGGAGGUGGUGACGCGCAAAGCCUACGGGCCCAAGGUGGACAUCUGGUCUCUGGGCAUCAUGGCCAUCGAGAUGAUCGAAGGAGAGCCCCCCUACCUCAAUGAGAACCCUCUCAGAGCUCUGUAUCUCAUUGCUACCAAUGGAACUCCAGAGCUGCAGAAUCCAGAAAAGCUUUCACCCAUAUUCCGAGACUUCUUGAAUCGCUGUCUUGAAAUGGACGUGGAGAAGAGAGGUUCUGCAAAAGAGCUGCUACAACACCAGUUCUUGAAAAUUGCAAAGCCUCUGUCCAGUCUCACUCCUCUGAUUAUUGCAGCUAAAGAGGCAGCCAAGAACAACCAUUAAAGUGGUGAAGUCGACACAGUCAUCAUGUCAAGACUUAAUGUUCAUUUCAGAGACUGAAUUAUUUGCCCUUCUCUCCUUCUGCUCCUUCUUCACAGACAGGGGUGUUCUUAAAACUUUGACUUGCCCUGGAGGGUGGCAGAGGCAUCAUUCACUGUGUGUGGAAGGGCACACAGCAGGGAUGUGGCUGAUCCUACAUGAUGAACUGUCCUUCCACCCUCGUGGUGGGGAUGAGAGGGGAAGAACAUUUUGUAUGGGUGAGAAGAUCUUUUUGGGAGCAUCUGAACCUGACCUACACGUAGCGAAGCCAGUUUGUUUUCAUAUUUCUUACGGUGUUUAUUUUUAAAAAUAAUGUGGAGCCUUAGACCAUGUUUAUCUUAAUAAAUUAAAUCUUUUGCUGGCUGCACUUUGCCUGCUUCUGCCAAGCUGCUAUUACCCCAUGGAGGCUGCUGUGUGCUCUGGAGGACUGGAGGAGGGAGGAAGCAGGCAGCAGCGAUGAGAACAGCUGUCAGCUGAGAGGGGAGCGAGGGGGUGAAGCUGCAUCCCUCCUGCAGCACUGCUGGAUGCUUGGAGGGAGCAUGGACAAAGCCUCUGGGUGCUUCCUGCAGCCAUUGAAGAACUUAAGUCAUGGGUCUCUUUGCCAAAUUGUGUGAACUGCCCCCUACUCACCCCUUCCCCCUUUAGUGGCAACUCUACUAAACAAAUCUCAAAUAUUUUUUUGUUGUUCUAGGAAAUAAAUCACAGGAAAAAAAUGGCAGAGAGCUCUUUUAGGGUUAUUUUAUUUACUGUGAGGCUUUGUAGAGAUGUUGCUCUAUGUGAUUAACAAACAGCAAUUACUGUUCUAAAGACAAGGUUUGCCUGAAAAAUAUGUUGAAAACUCUCGUUUCUUAGAGCAAGUCCAAUGGAAAACAAACUGAUAAUGGAUGCUGCUUUCUCCAUGGAGAUGUGGGGACACGAAUUUUUUGAAAUGAUGGUUUCUUUAUGCUACUGAUUCCUUGGGUUGCCAAUAGUCUGUAAAACAGGAAACCUGGAACUACUACCAGAGGGACUGGUUGUAAACACUGGGCUUAUGUUCAAUUGUAUACUGAUUUCUAAUAAAGUGACUGCUGCGUUUCUUAACUUGGGGCUAGAGGAGAACUGGUGAAUUCACUGUCACCAGACAAGUCUGUCAUUGCUUGUGUGGUCACCAGGUACUUGAAUGUGUUGGAUGAUGUAAUUUAACCUUUCCUUACCCCUUCUGCAUUCCUUUGGGAUAGCGAGUGGCUGCCAAGGGCGUAACUUCACACAUACAGAAAAUUGAUACAAAAAAUGUGUAUUGUAACUGUGGGAGCUGCUUUCUCUGUACUGCUUUGGUAACAAAGUGAGGUGAGUUUAAACCUAUAUCGGAGUAACCCCUCAUCUUUCUGUUGGACAGAAAUUCAUUCCUUCUUGCUGAGACCUGCUGUUGGCUCAGCCAUUUCCUCCCUGGAUUUGGGCUUUAUUUAAAUGUAUUUUCUGAAUGACUCCACAGUCCAUGACAGCUAUUACACCAGCUUUACUGGGUGUAGGUACUUUGUGGGUUCUUCUGCUUCUGAGGGGCUUUCUCCCAUCCUUUGUGCUCCAGCAUGGUCACUGUUUGACACAAGGCUGAGGGGUGAAGUCUGUUGCCCAAAUUUGCAGCCUCUCUCCCUUGGUGUAUGCAUAUUUCAUCUCCCAGUAUAGUUAAGUUUCCUCUCACAAAGCUUAUAUCCAAGGAUGAAUUCCUUGGGCAAAACAGUAGAGCUGCCAACCUGGGAAGGGAUAUGAUCUAUUGAUGAGCUCAUCUGCUUGGAGCUUAGGUGGAGAUUGUGGGAUGGAAGGCCACUAUGCUUGAAUAAUUCCCUUUGAAAAGGACUUUGUUAUUCCCUCUGGAAGACUCAGGAUGGCAUAUGUGGAAGGAAUAGAAUUAGUGUCUAGAUCUCUCUUGAUCUAAAGUCUCAUUUGACUGGCAGAUUUGGCAGCUGACUGUUUUUCAGAGAGCACAGGGUUCAGUUUGAUCCACAACGUGUUUAAUGUCUCUGCCUUUGAUUCCCUUCCCUGCAUCUCAUUGAGAUGAGAACCUUAAUGCAGAUGUGCCCUAUCUGUGAGCAUGCACAGGAGUUUAUUUUCCUGCAGCAAACUUCCCCAGUAAGAUAGAAAAGGUUAUUUUUAUGUGUUUUGAGUUGCUUUUCUGGAUCCUUUAUUGCAUAAUGGAAAGGAAUCAACAGUGACUGUUUACCCCUCCUCUUACAAUGUGCUUCUGUGUUCAACUUCCACAUGGACUCGGUCCUGCCUGGUUUCUGCUGGCUGCUGGAGAGGGGAGCUGCCUAAAGCCUUUCAUUCUGCUGGGAAAAGCUGCAAGCCUGUGCCCAUGCUCGUGUGUCAUCUUGUCCCAGGCUGUUUUGUCCCCACUCGUGAUGGGUGGGUGGGGAAAGGAGGCGAUUGCUACAGCGUGCCUGGACCUAGUUUCUAGUUACCAGACACAUCGUGGUUUUAUGUUCUCAGAAAAUCUUUU